UCUUCCCGGUAGCACCGGGACCGUUCGUUCUUGCUCAGCAUCGGGACCAACCUUUUCCCGGUGCACCCGGACAGCUCUCCUGGCCCAGCGCCAGCCCCGUGGGCGAUGCGAGCCAUGGCAGACCAGGCUGCGGUGGCAGCAGAGGCGUCUCCAGCCGUGGCACCAUGCCCAGGCUCACCUCAGCAGGGGGACAACGACGGCCUAACGUCCCGCUCCACCGGCACCAGAGAGGACAGCGCUGGACGGGACGGCUGCGGACUCGUUUUCACCACGGACGGGGACACAAAGCGUCCCUCCUCACCCCAACCCGGGGGGAUGCUCCUGGCUGACCUCCCCUGGGCCCCCCAGCCCCGGCUGAGCCCGGCCAAGUCCCGCACGGCCCCGUCUUCCCCCAGCGUGUCCCCAUCCGACAGCCGAGCCGCCCUGCUCCGGCUGCGGGAGGCCAGGCUGGAGGACACCAGGAGGAGGCUGUCGGAGGCUAUGCAGGAGCCUCUCCACCGCCUCAGCCGCCUCAUGGCCGAGGAGAGCAGCCCAGCGCCCUGGGUGAAGGCGGGUGCUGGGGGGCAGGAGGUGGGGGGCAGCCCUGGGCAGGUGGGGAGCCAUGGGGCUGGGGGACACCAGGCACGGGACUGGAGCCCCUGGGAGCCCACCCAGAACUGCCGCUACGAGAUCUGCUCCUACGGGGACGUGAUCCAGGUGGUGGAGGUGGCACAACAGGAUGCUGAACCUCCGCUGCCACCCCCUGAGGAGCCACCGCCGGCACGCCCAGGAGGUACAGUGCCGGGCAGAGCCCUCACCUCCAUCGCCCUCCUCGCCUAUGGCUACUUCAUCCUGCCACUGCCACCCUAUGCUGCUGGCCUCUGCCUGGGGCUCAUCUGUGGGCUGGUGCUGGGCUUCUUCACCAUCCUCCUCCUCUUGCCAAGGGCUCCUUCAGCAGCACGGGGACCGUGGGGCCGCCUCCGCCCCAAGCUGCUCCUGGGGGAGCCACUGGAAACCCACCACCUUCAGGGCUGGAUGAACCAGCUGCACGUCUACGACCCCGAGCUUUUCCACCCCUCGCUCACGCACUCGGUGCUUGCCACGCUGGAUGGGGCCACCCUCAAGCUCUCCUACCCCAAGAGCAACAUCCCACGGAGAGCCACCUUCGAGGAGGAACUUCUCGAUACCACCUUCAUCAGCCACCGCUGCUACGACCUGACCGAUGCCAAGGUCUUCCUUUGCCCCCCAAAUCUGGCCCGAAAGCGGACGUGGAACAAGAAAUACCCCAUCUGUGUCCUCCUCUCUGAUCGGGCAGAGGUGGAGUGUAGAAGCAGCAAGGAGCAGGACAUGGAGCAGCAGAGGGAUGAAGGGAUGAAGAAGGCUCCAAUGGCAGGGCAGGACAUGCCAGGGGAGAGCAGGGAGAGGUGUCUGUACCUCUUUGGGAGGACAGGCAGGGAAAAGGAGGAGUGGUACCAGCACCUCGUGCGAGCCUCCCGCAGGACACCCAGCAGCAGCCACGGCGAAGCCAGGACAGGCAUGGCACCAGCUCUUCAGAGCAGUGGCAGCAGCAGUGGAGGGAGCACUGAGGACAUUCCCUCUGAAGUGCCACCCAAGGACCUGGCAGGAAGCAUCCAGCAGGAGAUCUUUCUGGAUUACAGCAACUACAUGGCCCGAUUCGUGCCAGCACAGGCAGGGAGCAGCCCGGACCAGAGCCCCUCUCACGCAGCACUGAGCAGCCCCACGCCCGCUAAGAACAGCCAUACCACGGUGGAGGGGAGCACCCAGCCAGCACUUCCCACCACUGAUGGGGCCACCUCGCUGCAGGGGCUGGUGGCUGCUGCCCCUCCACAGCUGGGCGAGGACACGGUGGGGCGCAGCGAGGGCUGCCUGGCCUGGAUGAACGCGCUGGUGGGGCGCAUCUUCUGGGACUUCCUCCGGGAGCCCUACUGGGCCGAGCAGGUGUCCAGCAAGAUCCAGAAGAAGCUGAGCAAGAUCAAGCUCCCAUACUUUAUGAAUGAGCUGGCGCUGACAGAGCUGGACAUGGGCACCUCCAUCCCCUCAGUCCUCAGCGCCUCCGGCCCCACCAUCAACGACCGAGGGCUCUGGGUGGACAUGGAGGUCACCUACAGCGGCUCACUGCAGAUGACGCUGGAGACAAAGAUGAACCUCUGCAAGCUGGGGAAGGAAAGUGCUGCGGAGGAGAGCAGCCCAGCAGAGGCAGGCAGAGAGGGGGCCAGGCCACGGCUGAUCCUGCUGGCAGACAGCGACGCUGAGUCCUCCAGCGCUGGCUCCUCUGACGAGGAAGAUGUUGCUGCUGCAGAGCCCAUGGGAGCCCUGGGGGAGAGGGUCCCUCCACCUGGCACCGAGGGCCACGUCAGCGGCAACAGCACGAGCCGUAAGAUCCUGCGCUUCGUGGAUAAAAUUGCCAAGUCCAAGUACUUCCAGAAGGCCACUGAAAAUGAGUUCAUCAAGAAGAAGAUAGAGGAGGUUUCCAACACACCACUGCUGCUGACUGUGGAGGUGCAGGAGCUGGCAGGCACCUUGGCUGUGAACAUUCCACCGCCACCGACGGACCGUGUCUGGUACAGCUUCCGAGUCCCACCUCAGCUGGAGCUGAAGGUGCGCCCAAAGCUGGGCGAGCGGGAGGUGACCUUCCUGCACGUCACCGAGUGGAUCGAGAAGAAGCUGCAGCAUGAAUUCCAGAAAAUUUUGGUGAUGCCCAACAUGGACGAUCUCAUCAUUCCCAUCAUGAGCUCUGGCCUGGAUCCUCAGCCACCCACAGUGGGACUGCCCAGGGACCUAGCAGCCAAAGGAGAGAAGAGGCUCUAAAGUGCAGCCCCAUGGGCAGGACAGAGACGCUGCAGAGAGCUCAGGGACCUCGCUGGGACAUGGGGACAGCCAGGACCUGGCCAGUAAAUGCACCCAGGGCUACAAGUGGGAUCUCAGCUUCUUGGGUCAUCUCAUCCUCAGAGCUUCUGCAGAUGAGCCUGCUCCUUACAUACUGCAAGCACACAUUCAGAGCAGAAUCAGACCCAGGGCAAAGGAUCUGCUGGACUUCAAGAACUUCAUCACCUUCCUACCAGGUUCUCAGGACUCCUGGUCAAGGGGAGCAGCUCUGGAUCAGUGGAGGGCUGAGCUUCCCAUUGUCUGGUUCCCACAGCAGGUGCAGGAUGCCCAGAUGGGUUCUGCAUUGGAGGAGUCAUGAUCAUUGUUGAUCCAAGACAUCAUAGCUCCAAGGCACAUCACAGGCAGCUGGACUGCGAGGAAAAGACGGGUGGGAAUGAGUCCAAAGUGUGAAUAAAUCCAUCCCUGCCCAGCCUUA